AGGCAAUUAAGAUGCCUGUCAGGCAUUUGAUACCAGAAGCCCCUAUGCAAACCUCUAAAUCAUAUGCCAGGGCUACAUCUUAUUGUCAGUGAAUGAUGGCGGAACUGGGUGGCUUGUCAUCAUUCUCGAAAAUUCUGAGGCUAGUGAGCUCUCUCACCCUCUCCCACUCGCCUUAUUUUCCUUUUCGCCACUGCGGGGACUUUUUCUAAUUUGCAGCUUCCCUUUCCCCGACACACACAGACAGGAGCUGGUGGCUUGCAGACUGCGUCUGUCUGGAACUAGAGAGCCUGAGCCAGCCCGCGGAGAUAAUGCUAGGGGAGAAGGAUUCUGCAGCAAUUCUCAAAGGCUAGACUUGGGUGGUAUCGCUGCAUAUGCUCUGGUUCUUCAGCUUGUUGUCUCUAACCGAGGAAACAUUGAUUGGAAACUACUCAUUCAGAAAAGUAAAAGAAAGAAACCAGAACAUAUUAUCAACCCUUUGAGAACACAAUAUAACAAACUUUACCAUUUUACUACUUCUUUGAAUAGGUGAAAUACUGACUAUUCCCAAAAACAAUGUAAAUACUACCCUUGAAAUUUGAAAGAUACAUAAAAGAAAAUCACUUUUGUUUGGCCCAUGUUAUCUGUUCAUAUGCCCUUCAAAAAUCAUGAGAGAAACUUUAUAAAAGGAUUUUUUUUUAACUUUCUCUAUCACUACAUUUAAUGUUACAAUUCGUUUAAGGAGAAGUCACAGGACGUUGAAGAAUGGCAGAUGAUCGGAAAGAUGAAGCAAAGGCGCCUCACUGGACCUCAGCUCAACUAACAGAGGCAUCCGCCCACCCACAUCCACCUGAGAUCAAGGAUCAAGGUGGGGCAGGGGAAGGACUUGUCAGAAGCGCCAAUGGAUUCCCGUACAGGGAGGAUGAAGAGGGCGCCUUUGGAGAACAUGGGUCACAGGACACCUACUCAAAUACCAAAGAGAAUGGGAUCAAUGGAGAGCUGACCUCAGCUGACAGAGAAACAGCAGAGGAGGUGUCUGCAAGGAUAGUUCAAGUAGUCACGGCGGAAGCUGUAGCAGUUCUGAAAGGUGAACAAGAGAAAGAAGCUCAGCAUAAAGAUCAGCCUGCAGCUCUGCCUUUAGCAGCUGAAGAGACAGCUAAUCUGCCUCCUUCUCCACCCCCAUCACCAGCCUCAGAACAGACUGUCACAGUGGAGGAAGAAGAAGAAAUGCUAGCGAGUCCAAUGGCCGAGGAAGAGAAACCUGCCACUCUUCCUGGGAAAGAGUGUGAGGCUGCCAAGGCCUCAGACCAGCCCAAGGGCCUCAGUGAGGGCCAAGUGGAGUCUAGUGCGGAGGCCCAAAUAGCUCCUGAAGAGAGCGCCCCAGCAGGGACCCCACAGGAGAAAAGUAUAAAAGAGGUCGCGGAGGUGUCUCCAGAAGUAAAAACCCCUUCCUCUGCCGGGGAAGGUUUGCUUACAGCCUCGAAGAUGGAGUUUCAUGAUCAACAGGAAUUGACUCCCUCUCCAGCCGAGCCAUUAGAAAAGGAGGAAAAGGAGUCAGAGGAAGAAAGUAAGCCUGGUGAAGACCUUAAACAUGCUGCCUUAGUUUCUCAGCCUGAGACAACUAAAACUUCCCCUGAUAAAAAGGACAUGCAAGACACAGAAGAAGAAAAAGUACCUCCCACUCUGUUUGGGCAUACUCUGGGUGCCAGCCUAGAAGACACAAAACAGAAGACAGAACCGAGCCUAGUGGUACCUGGUAUUGGCCUUCCCGCAGAGCCCUCAGCUGCAAAAGAGCAAAAGGACUGGUUCAUCCAAAUGCCAAUGGAAGCAAAAAAGGACGAGUGGGGUUUGGUUGCUCCAGUAUCUCCUGGCCCCCUAACACCCAUGAAGGAAAAAGACGUACUUGAGGACAUCCCCAAAUGGGAAGGGAAACAAUUUGAUUCUCCCAUGCCAAGUCCCUUUCAGGGUGGAAGCUUCACUCUUCCUUUUGAUGUCACAAAGAAUGACAUUGUUGCAGCAGCAUCACCCUUUGCCCCCGCCCUAUUACAGCCAGAUGACAAAAAAUCUUUGGAAGAAACUGGUAGCCCAGCGACUGCCAAAGAUAGUUCUAAAGUUGAAGAGCCCCAUAUGGAUCAACCUGACAAAAUGGCAGAAGCACCAGCCUCAGAGGCAGUUACAUCGCCCAAAGAUGCUCACAUUUCGAUUGUGGAAGACUAUGUUCCGGAGAAAGGUUUAGGAGAAGAGAAAGGGGCAGUAAAGCAAGAGAGUGUGCAGAUAAAAGAGACUCCCACCUUCAGGGAGCAGGAACCUGUGCUUACUGAAAAGGAACCUCACCUAAAGCUUGAAGAACAAACAACCGUGUCUGACGAAGAAGCUGUGUCAAAGGAGAGUGAAGCCCCAAAAUUGACAGAUGAAGAAACAGGUGUAAUUCAGCCCUCCACAGAGCACGCUUACUCCAAAGAAGAACCGAAAGGCCAGGAGCUUCCCACAGAUAUAUUAAAACAGGACUCAUUCCCUGUAAGUUUGGAGCAAGCAGUUACCGAUUCAGCCGUGACCUCUAAGACACCAGAAAAAGUCAUGACUGAACCAGCUGCACUAAGUGAAAAGAGUGCCACCCAGGAGCUUUUUGAAGAAAAAGUUGCUGACAAAGAUAAUGUUGAAGGAGUUGGAGCUGUAACAUCAGCUGAGCUUGACAUGCCAUUUUAUGAAGAUAAGUCAGGAAUGUCCAAGUACUUUGAAACAUCUGCCUUGAAAGAAGAAGUGACAAAAAGUAUCCAGCCAGGCAGUGAUUACUAUGAACUGAGUGACACAAGAGAAGGUGCCCAAGAGUCUUUUGAUACCGUAUCUUCCAUGUAUAAAAACGGCGACAAGGCACUUACGGCAGAGAAAGACUCCCAGCCCAGUGCUGUAGCACAAGAAGGAGGCUACAGCACUCUUGCACAGAGUUAUCCAUCUGACUUACCUGAAGAACCCAUUUCUCCUCAAGAAAGAAUGUUCACUAUUGAUCCAAAAGUGUAUGGGGAGAAAAGGGAUCUCCACAGUAAGAAUAAGGAUGAUUUGACACUGAGCAGGAGUUUAGGACUUGGUGGUAGGUCUGCAAUAGAGCAAAGAAGCAUGUCAAUCAAUUUGCCCAUGUCUUGCCUGGAUUCCAUAGCCCUUGGAUUUAACUUUGGUCGGGGGCAUGAUCUUUCUCCCCUUGCUUCUGAUAUUCUAACCAACACUAGUGGAAGUAUGGACGAAGGAGAUGAUUACCUUCCGGCCACGACACCUGCAGUGGACAAAGCCCCUUGCUUCCCAACAGAAAGCAAAGAAGAAAAAGAACAGAUAAAGGGGGAAAAAGCUACUGGAGAGGAAAACACCCAAGUCGAGCCAUCGUGUGAGUCACCUUUCCUAGCCAAAGAUUAUUACAAAAAUGGUACUGUCAUGGCACCUGACCUGCCUGAGAUGCUAGACCUGGCAGGCACAAGGUCAAGAUUAGCUUCCAUGAGUGCAGAUGCUGAGGUUGCCAGGAGAAAAUCAGUCCCAUCAGAGACUGUGGUGGAGGAGAGUAGUACUGGCUUCCCCCCUGUCACUGAUGAAAACCACGUCAUUGUUAAAACUGACAGUCAGCUCGAAGACCUGGGCUACUGUGUGUUCAAUAAAUACACAGUCCCACUCCCAUCACCUGUUCAAGACAGUGAGAAUUUAUCUGGGGAAAGUGGUUCCUUUUAUGAAGGCACUGAUGAUAAAGCACGAAGAGAUUUGGUCACGGAUCUUUCAUUGAUUGAAGUCAAACUGGCAGCUGCUGGAAGAGUCAAAGAUGAACUCAGUGCUGAGAAAGAAGCAUCCCCGCCUAUCUCUGGUGACAAAUCAGGACUGAGUAGGGAGUUUGAUCAGGAGAAGAAAGCGAAUGAUAAGCUGGAUACUUUACUAGAAAAAAGUGAAGAACAUGCCGAUUCAAAAGAACAUGCCAAGGAAACAGAAGAGGCUGGUGAUAAAGUUGAAACUUUUGGAUUAGGAGUAACCCAUGAGCAAGCUUCAGCCAAAGAACUGACAGUCUCAAAAGAUGCAUCACCUCUCGUGGCUGAGAAAGCAGAGAAAGGUCUUAGUUCCGUGCCAGAGGUAGCUGAAGUAGAAUCAUCCCAAAAAGCUGAACCAGAGCUGGAUUUUGCUGCAAAGAAAGCUGACCAGGGUCAGUUAGAUGUUAAAAUCAGUGACUUUGGACAGAUGGCCUCAGGGCUACACAUAGAUGCUGGAAAGGCAGCAGAGCUUAAACUCAAGGCUACCCAGGACCUCGCCCCCUCAUCCACAGCAGCUCAGGAGGCAGAUGCGUUUAUGGGUGUUGAGUCUGGCCACGUGAAAGAAGGCACAAAAGUUAGUGAGACAGAAGUCAAGGAGAAGGUGGCCAAGCCUGACCUGGUGCACCAGGAGGCUGUAGACAAAGAGGAGUCCUAUGAGUCCAGCGGUGAGCAUGAAAGCCUCACCAUGGAGUCCUUGAAAGCUGAUGAGGGCAAGAAGGAAAUUUCCCCAGAAUCUUCUCUGAUUCAGGAUGAGAUUGCCAUCAAAUUGUCUGUGGAAAUACCCUGUGCACCUGCUGUUUCAGAGGCUGAUUUAGCCGCAGAUGAGAGUGCUGACGUCCAGAUGGAACUUAUUCAGCUGCCAAAAGAAGAAAACAAGGAGACCCCAGAUAUAUCUAUCACGCCCUCUGAUGUUACAGAACCAUUGCCUGAAGCCACUGGAGCUGAACCAGCAGAGGCUGAGAAUGAGGAAGAAGAGAUAGAAGCCCGGGGAGAUUAUGAUAAACUCCUCUUCCGCUCAGACACCCUUCAGAUUACUGACCUGGGUGUCCCAGGUGUCAGGGAGGAAUUUGUGGAGACCUGCCCUGGUGAACACAAGGGAGUGAUUGAGUCCGUUGUAACCAUCGAGGAUGAUUUCAUCACUGUCGUGCAAACCACAACUGAUGAAGGGGAGUCGGGUUCCCACAGUGUGCGUUUUGCAGCCUUAGAGCAGCCUGAGGUAGAAAGGAGACCAUCCCCCCGUGCUGAAGAAGAGCUUGAAGUAGAAGAGGCAGCUGAAGCCCAGGCUGAACCCAAGGAUGGCUCCCCAGAAGCUCCGGCUUCCCCUGAGAGAGAAGAGGUUGGACUCUCAGAAUAUAAGACAGAAACCUAUGACGAUUACAAAGACGAGACCACCAUUGAUGACUCCAUCAUGGACGCUGACAGCCUCUGGGUGGACACUCAAGAUGAUGAUAGGAGCAUCAUGACAGAACAGUUAGAAACUAUUCCUAAAGAGGAGAAAGCUGAAAAGGAAGCUCGGAGACCAUCUCUUGAGAAACAUAGAAAAGAAAAGCCUUUUAAAACCGGGAGAGGCAGAAUUUCCACUCCUGAAAGAAAAAUAGCUAAAAAGGAACCUAGCACAGUCUCCAGAGAUGAAGUGAGAAGGAAAAAAGCAGUUUAUAAGAAGGCUGAACUUGCUAAAAAAACAGAAGUUCAGGCCCACUCUCCCUCCAGGAAAUUCAUUUUAAAACCUGCUAUCAAAUAUACUAGACCAACUCAUCUCUCCUGUGUUAAGCGGAAAACGACAGCAGCAGGUGCUGAAUCAGCUCAGGCUCCCAGUGUAUUUAAACAGGCAAAGGACAAAGUGUCUAAUUCUACCUUGUCAAAGAUUCCUGCCUUACAGGGUAGCACAAAGUCCCCACGAUGCAGCUCAGCCUGCCCUAGUACGACUAAAAGGGCUACAUUUUCUGACAGUUUAUUCAUACAGCCCACCUCAGCGGGCUCCACAGACCGUUUACCAUACUCAGAAUCAGGGAACAAGGAUGGAGUAACCAAGAGCCCAGAAAAGCGCUCUUCUCUGCCGAGACCGUCCUCCAUUCUCCCUCCUCGCCGAGGCGUAUCAGGAGACAGAGAUGAGAACUCCUUCUCUCUCAACAGUUCUAUCUCCUCUUCUGCACGGCGGACCACUAGGUCAGAGCCAAUUCGCAGAGCAGGAAAAAGUGGCACUUCAACACCCACUACCCCCGGAUCAACCGCCAUCACUCCUGGUACCCCACCAAGCUAUUCUUCACGCACACCAGGCACUCCUGGAACCCCUAGCUACCCCAGGACCCCUCACACACCAGGAACCCCCAAGUCUGCCAUCUUGGUGCCCAGUGAGAAGAAAGUUGCCAUUAUACGUACGCCUCCAAAAUCUCCUGCUACUCCCAAGCAACUUCGGCUUAUCAACCAACCACUGCCAGACCUGAAGAAUGUCAAAUCCAAAAUUGGAUCGACAGAGAACAUCAAAUACCAGCCUAAAGGGGGGCAGGUUAGGAUUUUAAACCAGAAGAUUGAUUUUAGCAAGGUUCAGUCCAGAUGUGGUUCCAGGGAUAACAUCAAACAUUCUGCUGGGGGCGGAAAUGUACAGAUUGUCACCAAGAAGAUAGACCUAAGCCACGUGACCUCCAAAUGCGGCUCUCUGAAAAACAUCCGCCACAGGCCAGGUGGUGGGCGUGUGAAAAUUGAGAGUGUGAAACUGGAUUUCAAAGAAAAGGCCCAAGCUAAAGUUGGUUCACUUGACAAUGCUCACCACGUACCUGGAGGUGGUAAUGUCAAGAUUGACAGCCAAAAGUUGAACUUCAGAGAGCAUGCUAAGGCCCGUGUGGACCACGGGGCUGAGAUCAUUACGCAGUCCCCAGGCAGAUCCAGCGUGGCAUCCCCCCGACGACUCAGCAACGUCUCCUCUUCUGGAAGCAUCAACCUGCUCGAAUCCCCCCAGCUUGCCACCCUGGCCGAGGAUGUCACUGCCGCACUCGCUAAGCAGGGCUUGUGAAUAUUUCUUGUUUAGCAUUGAAGUAAUACUAUUUAGGCAUGAGCUCUUGGCAGGAGUGGGCUCUGAGCAGGUGUUAUAUUCAUUCUUUACAAACCAUAAAAUAAAUAAUCUCAUUCCCAAACUGUAGUAAUUGUUACAAUUUUAUAUUAAAAAAGAAUAGUAUAUGCAGAAAUUGACUUGAUUUCCAUUUGUAAAAGGAAGAUACUGGCUUUACAUGAGUACAAUUGGACAAUUAUUUUUGCUCUGCUCUGUUUUGCAUGGAGUAAUAUUAUUUUAAAAAUUGCAUUUCUACCUUUCAUGUGCCUGAAGGCUAUCCACUACAUCCUGAAAGGCCUUGUUAAAAUCCAAGCUGCUCAUUUCACUAUUUUGUUGCUGGGUGAAAAGAUAAAAAGCUGCCCAUUGUAACUUAUUACAGGUUAAAUUAAAUCAAGGAGUCUGAUUGCAGGAAGGGAAGAGCAUGUAAGAAAUAAGUUUUUUUUAAAGCGUUAUUUUGUAUAAAUGGGAAGAAAGAUUCAAUUAAGUUAUUAACAUUUGGGACCUGGAUAAUUAUAUCAGAGUAUAAGUCAAUCCAAUAAAUUAUUUAACUAAUUAAGAAAUAGUUACGACGCAUUUGAGCUGUGGUUGAGGAAGUGGUAUAAAGUGCAUCUCUUAGGAAUGAAGCACUUUCAUUAGGGUGGACUCGUGUCUGAUUAGAACGUUGGUUGAUCAGCUAGAUUUGUGUACACACUACCAGUUUCACACCCCUUUUCCAUCUGUUUGAUACAGUAUUAUAGAUAUAAAUAUAUAUAUAUUUCUCUGUGGCCAUUUGUGAUACUUCCUCAUAUACUUGAAUAUUAUACUUCCUUAUUCACAGCAUCUGUGUCUCCUGCACCCUUUGGUGUUGCAGUUUUAGGUAUGUGAAAGUAGGUGUUAGCAGGGUUCUUUCCCUAUUAAAAAAAAGUUUAAAAAGACAAAAAGUUUUAGCAUGAAGUUGCUUUCUGUAACAACUCAAAGCUGUAACCCUGUUUUAGUGCCAGAUACAAGUCUCUCCCGUGAUGCUAGAAAAAAUUUGUUUUUCUUUGCUUUCACCAACAUGGAGUUUGUGGGGGUGGGUCCAGUUAUACAUAAAAGGGUUUACAGAUUGUUGGUGUAAGAUUAUGGAUUUAUCUUAUUUUGAAUCACAGGAUAGUUUGGGUUUUAUUCCUGUAAUCAUUCAUGAAACAGACUUCUUAAGAUUUCUUUUUCUUUUUUUUUCCAUUUGCUAAAGUUGAAACUAACCGUGGGAUUUGGGGGCAUGUUAUCCCAUUCUUCCAAAUAGUACCUGUUUAUUAAAUUAUCUGAUAGAAAAUGUUUGACCUCCAUACCCAAAGAUCCCUUGAUCAGAAGGGAAAAAUACGGUAUUUUGAGAAGCUAUAGCUAUAAAAUAUUGGAGAUGCAGAUAUCUAAAUCAGUUUUUUCAUAACUCCAACAUUGUACUCUGUAAAGGAACACUAUUAUUUAUCAGUAGAUAAUACCAUUCUGACUUAGAUGCGGUCUAGAAAUCACAAAUCUAUUAAUUAAUUCACUUUACAAAUCAUUCAUCUUAAAUUUAUGAAUAAGCAAUGAAAUAGUCAAUAGCCUGAAUAAGGCAGUGGGUUACCAGGCUAGAUGGAUGCUUUCUAGUAUUUUAUCUGUUCUUUUUCUUGCUCAGGGAUGGUAAGCUGGAUCUGAACAGUUAAAGGCAAAUGGUCCAGUAGGCGUUUGAUUCCUUUGAGCCAAAUCAGUUCUCGAAUAUAAAGGAAAAAAAUGAUGAAUAUGGACUGAGGCAACAAGCUAGUAUAGUAGCAUCUAAGAAAGAAGCCAAGGGAUGCAAAGACAGAGACACGGGUGCCAUUUUGUGACCCGUUGGAAAUUACAACCAAUGCGACUUCCAUAAAAGAAACUCUAGGAGCAAAAGUGCACCAUUCAUUCUCAACUAAGAGGUUUUACGUAGGCAAACAUUUCUGAAACUAUUUAUAGAUCAGUUAUUUUAUAGGACAAAGAUUUAGAAAUGACUGAUUAGGACUGUGGAUGUGUCUGUUUUCUGCCUAAUUAUUGCUGUGAGGUUUGAUUUGUCCCAUCUGGGCAUUUUAUUCAUCAGCUUCCCUUGAAAUGCACCAGAAUAUAGGAGAAGAAAGAAUAGGAGUGUGGAGACUUAACAGUAUUUUCUUAUGUGUUUGGUAGUGUUAGAUAGUGAUUAAAGCUGAAGUUAACAGCUGGUUAGAACAGUUUUAACCUGUGAAACAAGUCUUUUUUUUCAACCUGGUUUAAAUUUUUUAUAAGCAUUAAGAAUAAGUAAACAUGAUCUACAUAUUAAAAUUGUUUCUUACAAAUACAUGUCUAAAAUAAAGAUUAUAUAAAGUACCAAGUUAUAAGAUUUGGCAUUAAAACAAAUGUUUACUUCAAAUCACAGCAAAAUUAUAAUGAAUAAAUGCCCUUGCUUUGUAUGGAAAUACAAAUUCUUUAUAAAAAGUUAACAAAAUGAACCUGAUAAUUUGUACAAGUAGAAGAAAGAAACACAGGCUAAAUGUCUUCUUAUGGGGAUAAGGGGUGGAACCCAUCUUGCCUUUACACUCAAGAUUAACGACACAAAUUAAGCUUUUUGAACACCACUCUUGUGGGGACAUCCAUACGCUGAUCUAGAAAUUAAGGCUUCAUAGUUCCAAUUCUAGAUCUAUUAAUGCCAGUUUCUCUCUGGCUUUAGCCUUUGAGAACCUGUUUAAGGAAACAUAAGUAAUCCAGAGCUGUGAAGAGUUAAAAGGCCCACUCACUCUCUCUGGGUCACCUGCAACCAAUAAUUGGGUACUUUACAAUGAUGCAGGAGAGAUCCGAGUCCAUGAUGAGUCUCAAAGGCCAUGUUCAUUUAGGAACCAACUCUCUCUGGAUUCUCCUGCUGAGUUCCAGCAGGGUGAUGGGCUAAAAUCCCACCCACAAGCAAGACACCUGUGUAACACUAACUGGGUAUAGCUGAAGAAGGCUGAAGAGAGAACUUGGUUAAAUGGAAAGAUGUACUUGAUGGUAGCUGACCUUCUCCACACACUCAUAUAGUUAUAGAGCAGGAAAUGGGUCAUCAGCCAAAAUAUGUCAAUAUUAUUAAAGAAAUAAUCUCAAUGUGGUUGAUUCUGACACAGCUGCAAGUAUAGUAUUUUCUCCUAUUUUUCAUGCCACAGAAAGGAGGAAAAUAAACUAUUUGUGGUCUAAGUGGCCAGAAAAGAUAGAUCCAUGGCUUGGAAAGGCAAAUACUACACAUUCCUUCAAAGACUGAUGUGCUAAAAUUAGCAUUGAUGUUUGUUUUCUAACACCUAGGAUUUUUAGCCUGGGUAUGUAGGUUGAGGCCAAGUCCCUAGCAGGAAAAAGCUUAUUUUUAGACUCCUAAAAUGUCAAUCAUGAAGAUCUACUUCAACUUUAGCAAAAAGAAAAAAAAAAUCAACAAAAAGUAUACUCUGUAUGCUGGGAUUCCAAGGUUCCAACAUGCCGCUACAAAUCUGUGGGGGGUUUCUUUCUUCUGAUAAUUCUAGAGCCUGUUACCAUAGAAAGGCAUUUCUUCAAUGGCUGGUUGUAGUUAGUUCAUGUUUUUCAAGCAAAAUUUGCAAAUGUAUUUGUUGCUGUAUAGUGAUUGUUUUGCAAAAUAAAGUUGCUUGUCACCUAA